UGCCUCCCCUCGGGGAAAUAACGAUGACCGUACUAACAGGAGUAACGGCAGCAAGCCGUAGACUCCCGCCUCUCCUGGGUGCUAGAAUAUCUUGCUUAAUCGGAGCCGGGAGGUGGGAAGAAAAUGCAGCCCACACGGAGCGGGGAGUGGACGCCUGGGGGCCGGGAGGACCUACUUAGUAUAAGAAAAGGCUAUCGAUUGGUGGCUAGGGCGGAAUUGAAAGGAAACUUACCGGCCUGGGGGUGCUGAGGAAAGAGUAAGGUUUCGGGGCUAGAGGUUCUGACCUUCCUGGGAGGCUCUGUUUAACACGUUUGCGUCCCCAGGAGCCGCCCAUGGAGUGUAUGGACAUGUCAGCACCUUGGUUAGUUAGGUGUGUGGUCUUCGCUGUUCACCUGGUAACUCGGUAUCCUACCCCGGCAACUGAAGGGUUAGUUAAACGUCCACCUAGCUGAUCCGUCCUCAUUUUCUUGAAACUGAGCAUUGAGGCCCCGAGGAAGGAAGCGUGUGAGUCUCUUGCAGAUGCCUGUUGACCCAAGCAAGCCACAGGCCCUUGAAUCUAAUCGGUUUUUUGAAAUCUUAAGGCAGGAAAUCCUUGGCUUGGAGACUGAAAGGAUAAAGGACUCUAGGGCCUGGUCACUGGGGAGAAUGGAUAAUACCUGUUUUGGUCCUCUUGGGCACACCCUAUGUGACCUUUCUCCAAAACUGGCCUCCAUCAGGUCCCACCUUGGUUCCAAAACCUCCAACAGCUACCCUGUGCUGGUUGAAAAAAAGUCUGCCCCUCUGCAUAGAGCAGGGUUAUCGAUGGCCCCCGAUGUUUUCUGCCCAGACCAUCCUGGGUUUGCCCCCUUUCCUUACUCAGCAGCUUGUACCCAGUAGGUGGUUUGACAUUCCCCAGCUCCAGUUUCUUCUUCAGGAAAAUGAGGAUUGCAUGAUAUUUACUGAGCUCCUCAUUUGCCAAGCUCUAAGUGGGACUGGGGAUGAAGUUGUAAACCAGGAUAAUGCAGACCCCACUGGCCAUUCCUGUACCUGUUCUCCGGCUCCCCCGCGGCCCUGAUGGCUUCAGCCGAGGCUUUGCCCCCGAUGGACGCAGGGCCCUUCUGAAGCCACAGGUCCCUGAAAUCCUGGAGUCCUCUAUAGUUCAAGAAUCUCGGGAAUCCCAGGAACAGCAGGCCCGAGCUGCCCUUCGGGAACGCUACCUCCGAAGCCUGCUGGCCAUGGUGGGUCACCCGGUGAGCUUCACAUUGCACGAAGGUGUGCAUGUGACUGCUCACUUUGGAGCCACUGACCUGGAUGUGGCCAACUUCUAUGUGUCACAGCUGCAGACUCCCAUAGGUGUGCAGGCUGAGGCACUGCUCCGGUGUAGUGACAUUAUUGCAUACACCUUCAAGCCAUAAAGACAUUUUUGUGCUCAUCUUUCUACCCUAGGCCUAGCCACAGUAUUCCAGGCCUCCAAAUAUUCCUGAGUCCAGAACUCUGAGCCCCAUAGAAUUUGGAACUCCCUUGGAAUUUUGUGCCAAGCUCCAAGUAACUCUGGGUUCUGGGGACCUUCAGGGGCUAGUCAGUAAAAUUCUGCAACUCCCAGAGUUCUAGAUCCUCUUGGAAGGAAUGCUGUACCUCACCGAACUCUAAACUCUACAGAAACAUGGGCCUCAUGCCAGUUCCUGAAGACUCGGGGGAGCGGGGCAUAAAGGAAAGCAAGCUGCAGAGUGGGAAACUGAUUAUUGAAGAAGUUGCAAAGUUCUGCCACCCUGAAGAUACUCCACUAUACUCCCCUCCACCAAAUAAACAAUUGUCCUAGGAAAAUUCA